AGUAGCCGGUUAAAUGAUGGUUUCGUCGUGUUAAAAAAGUGAACAGUCGUUAUUAAACAAUGCCUAAAAUUAAAUUAAAUUUAUACUCACUGCUUGGUGUAUUUCUACUAACGAUUAUCAUUGUGCAUUAUUUAACAGCGAUGCAAUGUCCCUCGAGCAACGGAUUCGUAAAUAAACAAAAGUACCAACUGAUCUCAUUAGUGCUGAGUGCACCGGAUAAUAUUGAUCAAAGGGAUACAAUACGCAAAACUUGGAUGACUCUCACGCAAAACGACGUUAAACAUCUUUUCGCGGUAGGAUUGAUGAGUGCGACUUUAGAGCAAAAGCAGGAUCUUGCUUUGGAGAAUAAAAAAAAUAAUGAUUUGUUGUUACUACCAAAACUGCAUGAUGCCUACAUGACGAUCACGAAAAAAGUUCUGCAGUCAUUAGUGUACAUUUAUGAAACUUAUGAGUUUGACUUUUUAUUAAAAGUUGAUGAUGAUAGUUUUGUAUUGGUUGACCGUAUUCUGAAAGAACUCAUUCAGUGGCAGAAUAAAGGUACAAGACAAGAACUUUAUUGGGGAUAUUUCAAUGGCAAGGCUCGAGUUAAAAGAAGUGGACCUUGGAAAGAAACCGAAUGGUUUUUAUGUGAUUAUUAUUUACCAUAUGCUCUUGGAGGUGGAUAUAUAUUAUCGUAUAAUUUAGUUAAAUUCAUUGCUGAAAAUGCUGAUUUUUUAAAAUUGUAUAACUCAGAAGAUGUUUCAGUAGGAUUAUGGGUGGCACCUCUAUCUAAUAUUGAGAGAAAACAUGAUACAAGAUUUGACACUGAGUAUAGAUCUCGUGGUUGUUCAAAUCAGUAUUUAGUCACUCAUAAACAAAACACACAGGAUAUGAAAAAAUUAUAUGAAUUUUACUCUAGAACUGGUAAUCUAUGUGCUCAAGAAAUUAGUACGUAUUUAGGUUACCAAUAUAAUUGGACUGCACCACCUAGCCUAUGUUGUGAUAGACGUCCAGGAAUUCCCUAAAGGGUUUUGCAAACUUUUUCAUUGUCUAGACGAAUUGUUGCACCAUUUCUACAUUUGAAUCUUAACUAAGCUUAAGUCCUUCAACACUUAACCUUUAAUAUUAAAGGAAAUUGUGAUUAUUCUAAACUUUUGAAAAUUAAUAAUUAAAAGUUUCUAGUUUUCUGUAAAUUAUAUAGUAUACAGCAAAGUUUAUAGAACCUCUGGAAAUAAUUACAGUUAAAAUAGUAACUGAUAUUUCCUUGCAGUUUUUAGCAUAAGAUCAAGCUAGUUUCUACUAUUUAAAUUAAAGUGAUAAACUAAAAUGACAUUCUCACUAUAAGCAUUUAUUUUCAAGAUUGCGUGCCUAAGUGUGCCAUAAAUAUUUUGUAAAUAAAAAAAUUUGUAAAUAUAUACAAAACUAUGC